GCCAAAGCGUCAUGCAGACAAAUUCAAAAUGGAGUCCUCAGUCCCAUUUAAUUCGUGAUUAGUCUGUUCGUCUGUCUUGAAUCACAAUAGCAAAAAUUAGCUUUUUGCCUGGCCCAACGCCAUUUUACGCUUUGGGAUCAACCAAAACCAACUCUCUUUCGAUUUUUAUCUUCUUCAUUUGGUGUUUUCCAAUCCAUCAAUCGAUCGUUGUGUCAUUGGAGAUACCGGUAGCUUCUUUGUCAAGACGACGAAAGGUACGAGAGCAUCAUUCGUUGUUGUGGUCACCGCCUUUCUUUCCAUCGAAGUCUCACAUCGAGUCAUUAACCUUACCAUGGUCAACGUCUGUUAACUGCACCGCCCGAAGAAACAAGAAUCCUCGCUCUCGUUGGUUAUAACUGAGGGCUCCGUUGGUAUUCCAGCGGCCAACAAUUGGAUAUCGGAACUCGUUCAACCAUGUCGCCAUGGAAAGAUCGCCUCAAGGCGCUGAUGCUGGGCAUCAACGGCACCUAUGACCCAGCCCAUCGUCGGAGUCUUCAGUCGGUCAUUAUGUAUGAGGCUCAGCGUUGCGUCAAGUCCAAGCUACCCACGCUUCGUCCCUUUCAGCGCAAGAUUGCCUUUUACGAUCAGGCCGUUGCAUUGUUGGAAUCUCUCGAGUUCGUCCCACCACAUCAUCAAGCGGAGGUCAUGUGGCGGACGGCUACAAGCAGGGACGCUAUGGAUCCAGAUAUCGCUUGGAAGCGAUCUCGAUUGCUCGAAAAGGAACUUUCGAACUUGGCGGAGAAAAUCAAGCCCUUUGUGGGAGAAGGGUUGCUCACCCAUCAGCAGGCGUGUGAUGCCAUGGUGCAAGACAUGUACGAAAAUAGUCAGAAAGAGGCAGGGGAAGAAAGCAAGUCCGGUGAGAAACCCGCCAACUGGGAGCACGCUCAUAACAACGUCAUGCUCGUCUUUCGACUCUACUACAAGUUCUCCGAGCCAGACCCUGAUUUCCCACCGGCAAAACCAGCCAUUCCCAUUGUCGUGCCGGCCGAAAAGCCACCAAAGAUGGACCCCCAGGCGAGUUUCUUGGUCCAUAACAACGCCACAAAGGUUCCUCUGGCGGCAAGCUCCCCGCUUCGGAUGCCCAAUCAAUCCAAACUCACGUUUGUUGGUGGGGCGUUGGCGGCUCCAGAUCCUAUUGCGGAACGUUCCCGGGUGCUCAAAGAGGUUCGUGACCACCUGGAUCUGUUGAAGGAGUUUGAAGGGGUCAUCCCGGAGGAGGACAUCCAAUCUCGAAAGCGGGAGCUGUUCGAUGCUCUCCCACCAGCUCCACCUCCGUUUGAGGGAAAGAAAGCAAAGUUGGUUUAAGCGAGGGCGUUCGCUUCGCUUGAUGUUAUCGGAGUCUUGCCCUGUAGCUUCAAGGGCAUACAUUCUGUCUUGUGAUUGUUUCACCGACGUCGUUGGUACCGUCCCAAAAUGGAGAGAAGGGGCUGAGUUAGUUUACAUUUGAGUUGAAUUGGUUUGAUAAGUGCAACCGUUCUAUCCCGCGAUAGCUUAGUUAACAAAAGCAAGAUAACUAGGCCUGGUCCAGAAACUA